AUGCAUCUAAUAUCGAUCGUAAUAUUUCUGCUAUAUACAGUGCGUUCGAGAACCCAAGUGCCGGUGGAAAUCUACCGAAACUGGUCGGAAUUAGUGUCAAACGCCACGGUGAAUCUGACCGAUUUGAACCGGUUCCUGACCGAUCGAACCGCCCUCGACUACAACGUGGUGGUGAUCGAAAACGCGCGAAUUCCCGCCCUCCCCGACGACACGUUCAACGGCUUGGAAUUCGACGAAUUCCGGCUGACGAACGCCGGCCUGGCCGAAUUUCCCGCCGGACUUUUCCGGCGGUCGCGCGUCCGGCGCGUCUUCUUCGCCGGCAACGAGCUCGGGCGCGUCGCCGGCGGCGUCUUCGCCGGCGCCGCCGUCGAGGUGGCCGGCCUGGGCGCCAACCGGAUCGCCGACAUCGAAGGGGGCGCCUUCCGCGGCUUCGCGGCCGACUGGCUGGUGCUCAGCGACAAUCGAUUGAUGGCGAUCCGCGCCGACAUGUUCGCCGGAUCGACGGUGCGGGCGAUGAAGUUGAACGGGAACCGCGUGAUGGCGAUCGAACGGGCGGCGUUCGCGGGCGUCGCCGGGUUGAAGUCGAUCGAUUUGUCCGACAAUCAAUUGAGCAGCGUCGACGGGGCGUUCGACGAUCUGCCGGAUUUGGGCGAGUUGAAUUUGAGUUUUAAUAGGAUCGCGAACGUGGCGACCGGCGCGUUUUCCGGUUCGCCCAUCCAUUCGAUUUAUUUGACCGGCAAUCAACUCGAAGCGGUCCGACGCGGAGUCUUCAACGACCCCAAAUACACCUUCAUCUCGUUGGACAACAACCGCAUAACCGACAUAGAAGAGGACUCGUUCGCCAACACCACGCGCCUCCAAUACCUCAUCCUGUCCGAGAACAAGCUGGGCGUCUUGAACGCCACCGCUUUGGGCGGCGUCCGGCGCGCCAUCUGCCUCAAAUUGAACGGCAACGACGUCACGGAGGUGGGCGCCGGCGCGUUCGCUCGCGUCGAGCUCGCGGAGCUCGAUUUGAGCGCGAACUUUCUGCGCUCGAUCGAACGCGGGGACUUCGCGGGGGCGCGCGUUAAGAGCCUCAAAUUGUCGGGUAACGAGAUCGAGGCGAUCGAAGCGGGCGCUUUGGGGGAGGUGCGAGGACUGGCCUACGUCGAUUUGGACGACAAUCGAUUGGGCGAAGUCAAGGCGGACGCGAUCUGUUUGCCGCUCGCCAACGUAUCGAUGGUCAAUAAUCGAAUACGGAGAAUCGAUAAGAGUUUGUUGGUGGGGAACACCGGAGUGUACGAUUAUCGAUUGGAGAAUAAUCCUAUUUGGUAUAAUGGUAUAGACGACGAUGAUGAAGAUGAUAAUGAUGAUGAUAGCGAUGAUGAUGAUGAUGAUGAAGACUGA